AUGAACACGUACGUCUUCUCCUCCCUUUCUCUUACCUCGCCACUCUCCAUCAUACUAACACGGCAACAAGGCGACUAUAAGAACGUUCCCGCGCCUGUAGGCGGAUACGGCGACUACAAGAACGUCCCAGCUCCCAAGCCAGCAACCUACGGCGACUACAAGAACGUUCCUGCGCCUGCGGGAGGAAACUACGGAACGUACAAGGGGUAUGCGAAGGAGUAA